UUUAUAUCGCAGAUUUAUCAAUUUUACUAGAAUAUUUGUAUUUUAAUAGUUUUUAUAAAUUUUUAGUAGUUUUAUUAAUUUGGAUGAAUCUAUUCUCAAUUUAGUUGAAUCAGUUCCUAAUUUGGGAUUUAAAUUUUUAAUGUGGCAUAGAGGAUCAUUAACAUUACUCUGUAGUUCUUGUAGAUACGUUAUUCGGAAGUGGCAUAUACCCAUUCUAGGAGUUGAUUGUGGCGCUAAUCCAAGGCAUAAACAGUCAUUAUCAAACCCUCCACCGCGUUCUCGAGGUGUUCCAAAACACCUUACACCAUAUAUAUUUGGGAAACAGUACCCAAGACACCCGGCCUGGAGAACGGAUCACACCUUUAUCUCCAACUCAGCUCUUAAAUAUAAAAUCACGCAUAAAAGAAAUGGAUAAUCAGAAGAGGAAUAAAAGUUGUUCAGUGAUGUUGACGCAAGCGUUGUUGACGAGUGAUAGAAAGUUGGUAGAGAAGCUUCUGUCUACGCGUGAUAAUGCGACAAUUGAGGACACAGUGGCGGAACUAACUCCGCCCCUGGUACUAUCGCUGCUGGAGUACAUAACGUCAAGUGUAAUAAGGACUCCAAACCAGUUAUACUCGCGAGAAGGCUGGAUUAACACGCUCCUGAGGAAACAUUCUGCAGUGUUUACAGGGAGUAAAAAGGGUAGAAACGCACUGAUUAAGUUAAAUAAGCACAUAAAUCAGCGUUUGACCAUGAAUAAGGCUCUACUCAAACUAAAAGGCAAAGUCGAUAGCGUGGUGUACUAUUCAAAUUUGUACAAGAAACAAAAGCAAAAGGAUUCCAUCCAAAUCAUGAACUCACAAGAACCAUUGUUAACUUUUACCGAAGAAUAAUUUUCUCACCAUUUU